AUGAGCCCUGACGGCAAAAUCCACGAGUUGCUCAUACCAGCCAAUACAACCGCUACUCUAGUGGCACAUCCGGUCGCUUUUGAUAAUAUAACAGAUGGACCCUUCAUCCGCUUUGCGCCAACCAUUGAAGAAGGAGAACAGCAUUUGUGCCAUCAGUACAUGACAGACAUCACUUGUAAAGGAUAUCCGCUUUUCACAAUGAACUUUGGAUCGGCACUAGGCUUGAAAUACAUUCAUGAUAUUUGGUAUGAAGGGUUUCUGGUUAUAAGAAAACACACGAGAGUUUGUGUGACCACGGAAGAUUGCCAAAACUCGACCGACCCGAGACAUUGUCAAGAUGAUUUACUGAUGGAUAUUGUGCAAUAUUGCGAGAAGGACAACGAGCAUGCAUAUAAAUAUUCAUCGCAAUGUCAAACUUUGCUUCCGUUUUAUUUCAAUAAUCGACGUUCUACGUUAGAUGAAGCAAAUUGCACGAAAAGCACUCUAAAACAAACGAACCGCAUUAUCCAACAUUGUCAGAUGCAAGUAAAAUUUCCGCUAGUCAUCAUCACGUUCGCGGCACAAAAUGACUUUCCAUUACUUCUAGCUAUCCGACCGUUGAAGUGGAUUGAUCCUAAUGUCGAUUUUCGUUGGGCAAUGUUGGAGACACUAAAUGAGAAUCCAAAUGUUGACUAUCUCCUUCCAAUGAUCGUUGAGCCAUCAGAGAAACCCCUUUGGAUCAGUUUUUCCCUAAAUGCCGAAGAAACCUGGUUUACAAUAUUGGAGAAAUUACAUUCGGAACACAACGAAAAAAAUUGUUCCUAUGAGUUUUGGUAUGGAGCAGCUCCAAAUAAGUUAACGCCUACGACUGAAAACAGAAGAUUGCUUACGUUUAGACUCAAGUAUCUUCAGUGUCUUUAUGCCACCAAAUUGUUCACCAACGAUUUUGUUCCGAUCAAAUCG